CUUCAAAAUCGGUGAACUAAAACCGCUCGAAAAACAAGUCUGCACAUCCCGGAGUUUGUUUACACACACUCUGCACUGCUUGCAUGUGAAAACGCCGGUGACGCUAUCGAGAUAGUUUAAUGAGCGUUGAAAGCUUCGUCACCGCCGCGCACGUCAAAAUUGUAUUUAAUUGUAUUUCAUUCACGAGAAUUCUCGAAACAUGAGUAGCGGCACUUUUAUUCUCGACAACGGCGCCUACACGGCGAAAGCUGGUUUAUCCAACGAGACCCCCAAACUGGUACCGAAUUGCAUAAUGAAGGCGAAGAGCGAACGACGCCGGCCCUUCGUAGGGAACCAGAUCGAGGAGUGCAGGGACGCGUCUGGGUUAUUCUACAUUCUGCCGUUUCAGAAGGGUUACUUGGUAAAUUGGGACAUCCAGAAGACCGUGUGGGACUACGUACUCUCGAAGGAGUCCUGCUCGGUCAGUUUGAGCCAGCUGUCGGUGAUAGUGACGGAGCCGAUAUUCAACUUCCCAAGCGUUCAGGAAGCCAUGACGGAGAUCUUCUUCGAGGAGUACGAGUGCCACAGCCUGCUGAGGAUAAACGCGGCGAGCCUCUCGUGCUACAAUUACCGGGCGGAGAACCCGGCCAAGUGCUGCAUCGUGGUGGACAGUGGCUACAGUUUCACGCACGUCGUGCCUUACAUCAGCAAUGCGAGAGUGAAGGAAGGGAUACGGAGGAUAGACGUGGGUGGGAAGCUCCUUACCAAUCAUCUGAAGGAGAUCAUAUCCUACCGUCAGUUGCACGUCAUGGACGAGACGUACGUGAUCAACCAGGUGAAGGAGGACUCCUGCUUCGUGUCGCAAGACUUGGUCAAGGACAUGGAGCUGGCCAGGCGCAAGCUGGAGAGCAACACCGUCGCCAAAGAUUACGUUCUGCCGGAUUACACGAGCCUGCGACGCGGAUAUCUCAAGGACCCGGAGCCGCCUAACGAGCAGCAGACGCUGCGCUUGACCAACGAGAGAUUUGCGAUACCGGAAAUAUUGUUCCACCCGUCGGACGUCGGCAUCCGGCAAAUGGGCAUUCCCGAGGCUAUCUUGGACUCGAUCAAGACUUGCAAUGAAGAAAUGUGGCCUCACUUUCUGUCCAACAUUAUUCUCACUGGUGGUAAUGCCAAGUUUCCGGGAUUUAAGGAUAGAAUCCAGAGAGAAGUGCGGAGCUUAGCGCCGGCGGAGUGUGCCGUGAAUGUCCAUCUGCCGCAAAACCCAAUUACUUACGCGUGGCACGGUGGAAAGACACUCUCGCAAGACGCAACAUUUUCUAAUCUUUUGGUAACUAGAGAAGAGUACGAAGAGGAGGGAGCAUCUCUGUGCUUUGAAAGAUUCGACGUAUAACUCCAUCCUUUCUAGUUUCUCGUUAAUAAUUGUAAUAGAAUCUUAAUAAACGCGUACAAAAAUAUGAAUAUUUUCAGAACA